AUGGGAGCUGAGGAUGUCUACUGCUGGUACCGAUCGAGAUCAGGGAGCUACACCGUGAAGUCGGGUUACAAUGCGAUGGUGGAGACAAAUGCUUUCCCACCACACCCGAUCUCUGCAUACCAAUCUUUUAACUGGAACAAGUACGUUUGGGCUGUCAAUACUUCCCCAAAGCUAAAGCUCUUCUUAUGGAAAAUUGGACGUGGGGCACUACCUUUGGGAGAAAACUUCCAGGCUAGAGGCUUAUUUGCCUUUAAAGCUUGCCCUCACUGUGGAGAAAUAGAAUCAGCGACACACCUCUUCCUGGAGUGUCCAUUUGCACGACAGGUUUGGGCCCGAGCUCCCGUAUCUUCUCUCCCGGAUCUCACCAACGUAGCAGAUUCCCUCCAAGCCUUAAUGCUGGCGUCUUCUCUGGUCUGUCUCCCACCAACGGGUAUUAGCUCUGACAUCUUCUCUUGGAUAUGUUCGAACAUCUGGACUGCAAGGAACAACCUAUUGUUUGAAAACCGACAUAUCUCCGCUAGUACGGUUAUGACGAACGCAAUAAGCAGAGCUAGGGAAUGGCUAGUAGCUCAGGAAUAUUGUAGGCCACUUCACCAGGUACCGCCUAUAUGUCAACCACCCACACACUUUCCACCAGAGGUAACCCCCUGCAACUCGGACGCUGCAUGGAAGAACGACUCUCUUACAGCGGGUUUGGGAUGGGUCAACCACUGUGACCGCGCGGGACAACAAAUUCAUGGUUCAUCAUGGUGUGAUUCAAUUUCCUCACCCCUCCUUGCAGAAGCCAUUGCGUUGAAGAUGACACUUCUAGCAGCUCAAUCUUCUUGCAUUCCCAAUGUCUGGAUCAGAUCCGACUCCCAAGGGCUCAUCAGAGCCAUCAACUCGAAGUCCUAUCCAAUGGAGCUUUUUGGAGUUCUUAUGGAUAUCGAGUUUCUAUCUGUUUCCUUUGAUUUCAUUUGCUUCUCUUUUAUUCCGAGAGACCAGAACUCAGCAGCUGACUUUCUAGCUAAAGCAGUUCUGCGUAACGCUUCUCAUGCAAUGUACUAG